GGUGGGUGUGGACCGGGCCUCGUUGCCCUCUCCUUGCUCACCUACUCUGCAAGUAGCAGCCACUGCGCAGCCUAUCAAGUCCCGCUGAGAGCUGAUCGGUGCCAGGGAGGGGGCAGGUAGGAAGGCCGUGUCACUGGGACUUCACCGGGUCCCAGGAGCCGGCAGUCCUGGAUUGGAAUCCCAGUUUGGUCCUUCACUACGAGCGUGUCCUCGGGCAAGUCACGUUAUCGUCUCUGAGCCUCGGUUUUCCCACUGGUAAAAGGGGCACGACACUCCCUGCUUCUCCGGGUGUUGUGCGCUGCAGCGCCACCGCGGGCAUCGCUCCGGGCACAGCGCCAGGCGCGCGCCGCAGAUGGCAACCGAUGGGCUACACGAGAACCAGACGCUGGCGUCGCUGAAGAGCGAGGCCGAGAGCCUCAAGGGCAAACUGGAGGAGGAGCGGGCCAAGCUGCACGACGUGGAGCUACACCAGGUUGCAGAGCGGGUGGAGGCCCUGGGGCAGUUUGUCAUGAAGACCAGAAGGACCCUCAAAGGCCAUGGGAACAAAGUUCUCUGCAUGGACUGGUGCAAAGAUAAGAGAAGGAUCGUGAGCUCAUCCCAGGAUGGGAAGGUGAUCGUGUGGGAUUCCUUCACUACUAACAAGGAGCACGCGGUCACUAUGCCCUGCACGUGGGUGAUGGCUUGUGCAUAUGCCCCAUCAGGAUGCGCCAUUGCAUGCGGUGGUUUGGAUAAUAAGUGUUCUGUGUAUCCACUGACAUUUGACAAAAAUGAAAACAUGGCUGCCAAAAAGAAGUCAGUCGCUAUGCAUACCAACUACCUGUCUGCCUGCAGCUUCACCAACUCAGACAUGCAAAUCCUGACGGCGAGCGGCGAUGGCACAUGUGCCCUGUGGGACGUGGAGAGCGGACAGCUGCUGCAGAGUUUCCAUGGGCACGGGGCCGAUGUGCUCUGCUUGGACCUGGCCCCCUCAGAAACAGGCAACACCUUCGUGUCUGGGGGAUGUGACAAGAAAGCCAUGGUGUGGGACAUGCGCUCUGGCCAGUGCGUGCAGGCCUUUGAAACACACGAAUCUGACAUCAACAGUGUCCGAUACUACCCAAGUGGAGAUGCCUUUGCUUCAGGAUCAGAUGAUGCUACGUGUCGCCUCUACGACCUCCGGGCAGACAGGGAGGUUGCCAUCUAUUCCAAAGAGAGUAUCAUAUUUGGAGCAUCCAGUGUGGACUUCUCCCUCAGUGGUCGCCUGCUGUUUGCUGGAUACAAUGAUUAUACCAUCAAUGUCUGGGAUGUUCUCAAGGGGUCCAGAGUCUCCAUCCUGUUUGGACAUGAAAACCGCGUUAGCACUCUACGAGUUUCCCCUGACGGGACUGCUUUCUGCUCAGGGUCAUGGGAUCAUACCCUAAGAGUCUGGGCUUAAUCGUCUCUUCACAAUGCACACCUGAGAGUAGAAUUUGAAAUCAUCAUAUGUAAACAGAUCUUUCUUCUAGAGGAUCUGAGGGCUACUGCAACUUAGCUUAAAGGAGCAACUCUAUGGCUGAAGUUCACUCAGCGUCCCCAAUAUUACCAUUAAAACUACCACCCUUGGAAAGAUACUGGUGUGAGCCUCCAGCACUAGGACACCUUCAAGUACAGUGUCUUGCAUUUUGAACACUUUUUAAAAUUUAUCCAUUUUUAAGGUUAUUCUAGUUAUAUAAUCUCAUCUCAUUCUAUUACCAACAGGAUUCAGCAUUUAACAUAUCCUGUAGUACUUCCUUAAAUGAAAUUUGUUUUCAGAGCACUUUAAAA